CCGGCGCAUUAUGGCUGCUCCAAACAGCUGCGCAACCUCGCCGCCCCCUCACCUAACAUAACCAUGCUCACAGUUGCUGUCAGCUAAACGUCAAAACAGUUCGUGGCCGUCGCGUUACAAAAAAAAAGUUCAACCGAAACGCUAUGAGGAAUAAAAAUACAAACGCAAAACACUAAAAGUGAUUAAUAAGAAGCAAAAUUUUUUUGCAUAUGUGAAACAAAGCAACAUGGCUGAUAAUGAGCCAAAAACGCCUGCACCAUCACCCACAGAAGAGGGUCUCGCCGAUAUGGCCGCAACGGCUGCAGCAGCUGCGACUGCGGCUGCUGGCCGCGUCGCCGACGAUGGCACCGCUGCAUCCAGCGGCACAAGCAGCACACAGAGCGGCAGCACAAAUGUGAAGGUUUUGAUAAUUGGCGCUGGAAUGGCUGGUCUAUCCGCUGCCAAUCAUCUGUUGCAAAACGGUUGCGAUGAUUUUCUCAUUGUGGAAGCGCGCGGUCGGGUGGGUGGGCGUAUUGUGUCCAUACCGCUCGGCAAUAAUCAAAAGGUGGAACUGGGCGCCAAUUGGAUACACGGCGUGCUGGGCAAUCCGAUAUUUGAGAUAGCCGUGCAGCAUGGUCUAGUCAGCGUUGUGAACGUACCAAAGCCGCACAAAGUGGUGGCCACCACCGAGGAUGGUCAUCAAGUUCCUUUCAGCAUACUGCAGGAGAUCUACGAGGCGUACGUCUGUUUUCUACGCCGCUGUGAUGAGUAUUUCCUGUGUCAGUACAGCCCACCGCCGGACAUUAACAGCGUGGGGGAGCACAUCAACUAUGAGAUUCAGAUCUAUCUGAGCUCUGUGCAGGAUCCCAAGGAGAAGCGCCUGAAGCAAUUGAUAUUCAAUUGCCUGCUCAAGCGCGAGACCUGCAUCACGGGCUGCCACAACAUGAACGAGGUGGACUUGCUGGAACUGGGCAGCUACACGGAACUGCAAGGCGGCAAUAUUGUGCUGCCCGCUGGCUACAGUUCCAUACUGCGUCCGCUGAGCGCUCAGAUUGCCAGGGAGUCCAUCAUGACCAAGUGCCCGGUAAAGAAGAUACACUGGAAACGAAAGAAGACAUUCACUGGGCUGGAAACCGUUGAUGAAAACUCGGAGAAUGAAGAUUCCGAUGAUUCGGAGAAGACCGUCACGGAAGUACCCACAGCGACUAGUGCCGCUUUGCGUGGCGCCUCCGUGGAGUCCAAUGCCAGCAGCAAUUGUGAUUAUGCGCCCGAGGGCUCCGUUCGCGUCGACUGCGAGAACGGACGUGUGUUCCAUGCGGCGCAUGUGAUAUGCACCAUACCGCUGGGCGUGUUGAAGCAUACGCAUCGAACGCUCUUCGAUCCGGAGCUGCCUCAGUAUAAACAGGAAUCUAUUGAGAAUCUCAUGUUCGGCACUGUGGACAAAAUCUUUCUGGUCUACGAGCGACCAUUUCUCAGUGCGGCCAUAUCAGAGGUGAUGCUGCUCUGGGAUGAUGAGAAGCAGGACGCUGUCAGCGAGGAGGAUCGCGCUACAGAGGCUUAUCUUAGCAAGAACUGGUUUAAGAAGAUCUACUCAUUUGCUAAGAUUACGGACACACUACUGCUGGGCUGGGUAUCUGGUCGUGAGGCGGAGUAUAUGGAAUCGUUGCCAAACGAGGCAGUCGCUGAAAAAUGCACAGAAAUUCUGCGCAAUUUUCUGCAGGAUCCCUACGUGCCCAAGCCCAAGAUGUGUGUGUGCACCAGCUGGAAAACACAAACCUAUACGGGCGGCGCAUACACCUCAAUACCCGUGGGUGCCACGCAGGAGGACAUCGAGAACCUGGCCCAGCCGCUGUAUGCGACGCCGCAGGCCACGAAGCCUGCCAUUGUGUUUGCCGGCGAGCACACACAUUCCAGCUUUUACUCCACCGUACAUGGCGCCUACUUAAGCGGACGGACAGCGGCACAGUACUUGCUGGCGAAUGACGAACCCGACGAGAUUAUCAUGGAAUCCGAUGGCAGCGAUUUGAGCGCCUGGAUGCAGGGCAUUGCACUGGACUGAGCCGAGCAACGAUAACAAUUACGUUUUUGUAUUAUAAUUUAUGUACGUUACGUUUCUUAUUAGCGCUUUUAUUUAUCGCUUCUUUGCGUAGAAGCCACUUUUUAGCUAGUGAUAUCACGUCUUGUGUAUUUUUCCUUUGUUUUUAAGUUCCAUUGUGCAUUUGUUUAAUUAUACAAGAUUUUUGUUAUUGCUUUUUCUUAUCAAAUAUCAAAUUCCACACAGCAUUCAUUUAUUUAUUUUGUGAACAGCUUCUAGAAAAUCCGCUUGUAAAAUAUCAAGAAAAUAAAACUUUAUACAUAAAUAUAUGAUGUUAACAGAUCGUAUCAUAUUUGAAUACAAAUUAAAUUAAUUAAAAAAAAAAACAUUCUCUGUGCACGCUAAGCAGCUUUCAUUGUAAUGUUGUUAAUCGUGAGUAAAAAUUGAAUGUGCACAAAAUAAAAUCGUAACGAGAAUUGUUUAGACCGUAAAACAUAUGCAUAUUUUUAUAAAUUCAUAUUUAAUAUAGUCGAAAUUUGUGUUAAGUUACGAAAACAAUUCGAAUCAAGUUUUUCGAACAAAGAGCUGCUGCAAGUCUUUAAUGAAAUUUAUACCAAAAGACAAAUCAAAUUAAAACAAAGUGUAAAUUUUAAUGUAACUAUGUAUUGUUAAUGUUAACUAUUUUGCUAACUAUAUUAUGCAUUAGUUAAAUCUAUACUAAGACAACUAAAACAAACAAAAAUGAUAUUACAAAAUUUUAUGUAUAUCCAAAAUAGAUAACAUAUAUAUUUA